AAGACUCCUGAGCAUAUAUACGCACUCUCUGUCCUUUUCAUUUCUCACUCACUCUCUCUCUCUCACAUUCUCUCUUCAAGACUCCUGAGCAGACACGGGGGCCUCUCUUACCUGACUGAGCGGCAGGGAUGUGAGUAGAGCAGAUUGCCCCUCAGGAUGGUCGUGGCGUGUGUGCGUGAGGCUGAGGACUCGGACAGAGAACAGCGAUGGAGGCAGAGACCACUCCGGACCCGGCCUUCGUGGACGUGGACCAGGGUCUGACUCUGGGUUGCAUCGCCUUCCUCUGUCUGCUCCUGGUGGCCAUGAUCAUACGCUGUGCCAAGGUCAUCAUGGACCCCUACAGUGCCAUCCCCACUUCCACCUGGGAGGAGCAGCAUCUGGAUGACUGACACACACACACACACACACACACACACACGUUCUCACACUUGGACACAUACAGCCACACACUGUGUGGAGCAAGGGACACCAGAGUGACAGGGAAAACCUGAUCCUGCCACAAAAGCACACACUCCAGGCCGACUGAGACACAAUCCAGUCCAACUGACAAACACUCCAGUUCAACUGACACUCCAGUUUCACUGACACACUCCAGUUCAACUGACACACACUCCUGACAGACUCAAGUGCAACUGACACACUCCAGUUCAAUUGACACACUCCAGUCUGACUGAGACAUACCUGAAGCAGCCUAUUGCUGAGAAACACUGAGCUUCAUGUUCAGCUGAAGACUUUAGGACAGGUGAAUAAAGGACAGGUGACCACGCUCCCCAUGUCUACCCCCACCAAGUCCUCUGCACACAGUUCUGUCCCUUUAAAUGAAGAUGACCAGUAUGAUGAAGAUGAU